GAUUUCUUCUGUUAUUCUCUUUGUUUAUAAUCAAAGUGGCGCAGUAAAUAUUUCAUAGAUGACAAAUAUUUAGCAGAAGUGAUGGUAUUGUAAACCAAACGCAAUUGCUUUCGCUUGUAAAAGAGACUGAGCUAAGUUAUAAAUGAAUUAGUGAAAAAGUGAACGAUAUUUUCAACUACGGGGAUACUAUGGCAUUCAGGCGAAGGGACAAAAGAACGGAUCGACAGGUGCUUGUGGAAAACGAGGACGUUCCACAUCGCGAUAAUGCUAUUGACAACGGCUUUGGUGAUGAUAGAUUCGGAACAAACGCUGACAAUAGCGAUGAAGAUGAUAUGAAAUGUAUGCCAACAAUAGAUAACGAACUAAACAUUUCGGAAAUACGCAAUCACAGACAAGUAGUCGACUCGGAUGCACCACCAGAUCGCUUCAAUUUCACAUAUGUCGUGUUCUAUUUACUGGGGACAGCUACAAUGACACCAUGGAAUUUUUUCGUGACAGCAGAGGACUAUUGGAUGUACAAAUUCAGAAACACCAGUAUCAACGGUACUACCACUGUCUUGACGCCAAUGCAAAAAAGCUUUUCCAGUGACCUUACACUCGCUGCAUCUAUUUCGGGCACAACAUUUCUCAUUCUCAACGCUGUUUAUGGGCACCUUGUCACUCUUAAAAUAAAAAUGCUCACAACUCUAAUAAUUAUUUUAGGAAUUUUUAUAGUAACGACAAGUUUAGUGGAAGUAAAUACAGACGAUUGGCAAGAACAAUUUUUUCUUAUCACCCUGUUUACUGUAGUCAUUAUAAAUGUGUCAUCGGCCAUAAUGUCAGGCGGAAUAUUCGGAGUAGCUGGACUCUUCCCAUCGCAUUACACAACUGCUCUAGUAAGUGGCCAAGCUUUAGGCGGUAUUGUAUCCGCGCUUGCUUUUAUUUUAGUAUUAGCAUUCGGUGCUCCACCCAACGUUACGGCUUUGAUAUAUUUUGUCAUUGGCAGUUCAUUGGUUUUACUGUCCAUAAUAUGUUAUGUGAUAAUGUCGCGCCAGCCAUUUUUCAUAUAUUACUGUGAGGGUCGGGACAAGUACAAAAUUUUGGCCGAUACUCCUUCUCAUAGUCGCAGUGUUAAUAUAGGUGUACAAUUAGAGCCUAAUAUUAGGGAAGUAUUUGGAAAAAUUUACGUUGAAGCAGUCAACAUAUGUAUUCUUUUCGCGACGACAUUAUCGGUAUAUCCAGCGGUCACAGUUCUAAUGCAAUCGGAAAGUUAUGGCAAAGGAUACGCUUGGAACGAUAUUUACUACAUGCCAGUGGUUAAUUAUCUCUUUUUCAAUUCCGGGGACUACUUCGGUCGCAUACUGGCCGGAUUGUGGGAAAUUCCGCGCGAUAACCCACAUACGGUGCUCUUAUUAACUGUGAUACGUCUGCUCUACGUGCCCCUUUUUCUCUGUGCAAAUACUAGUAUACAUUAUUUUUUACCUACUCUUGUGCACACAGAUGCCGCCUUCAUUAUAAUGAUUAUUACAUUUGGUAUAACUAACGGUUAUCUGGCAAAUAUCAAUUUAAUAAUGGCACCCAGAUCUGUCAUGCAGCACGAAAAGGAAAUGGCUUCAUCGAUCAUGGUCGCAAGCUUGAGUUUGGGGUUGGCGAUAGGAUCGUUACUAAGUAUGGCUUUCGUACAAAUGCUUUAAAUGAAUAACCUGCCAAAAGUGAAACUUAAAUCUUAGUGCCUUUAUUAAUAUAAAUAUGACUAAUGAUGAAUGCUAUAUAUUUAAAUAGUAAUUAGAUUAGAUCGGCGAAACAUGCCGAAUUGAAGCGUUUGCUGUAUAUAAAAUCUGUUGUUAUCUCGCAAAUCUUUUUUAUUAACCGGUUUAAAAUUCUUUCAUAUCCGAAACUGUGUUUAGAAAACGUCCGUAAAUACACAUUUAUCGCCGGCGUCAUGCAAAUAUAUUUUGUUUAUGAAUUUUGAAUGAAAUGUAAAUUAUGGAAAUUAUUUUUAAUUAAGUGAAAAUUAAGAAACUAUUUUAAAAUAUGAUGUAAGAGUUUAAAAUAACAGGUUAAGUUUUAUUCAAAUUUAUAAUACCUUAUUAGAUAAAUUUUAAUAAAUCGAUUAAUAACAAGACUAAUAAACAAAGCAA